GCCUCCCUCCUCUCUGUUUUGGCCCUAGAAACCUUCAAAAACCCUAGCUGCAACUGUGAGUUUCUGGGCUUGCACUUGUUCGGAGAGAGACGGAUUACUAUACAGAUGAGGCACAAGAACAGGGAAGAGUCUGCAACAGAUAGAGAACUGGAGCACAAAGUAGUAGAAGAGGCAGCGGCCGAGGAGAUUCCUUCCAGUUCCGGAUCUGACGACAACGAGGAUUUCGACGAGGAUGAUGGCAUAUUGACAGAAUCAGGAUCAGAACAGAGUGAAUUCCCAGCAGAAGACAAGCAGGAGAUGGGUAAUUCUAGUGAUGAUGAUGGUGGUGCUGAUGAGUCUAGUGAUUAUGAUGGCUCUGAUGAUGACCACAGUCUGCAGGAUCAAGCUAGUGACGAAGAACAUCAGGGAGUUGAAGAGAGCGAUUCUUCUGAAGAUGAGGUUGCUCCUCGUAAUACAGUUGGGGAUGUUCCUUUGGAGUGGUACAAGGAUGAGGAACAUAUUGGGUAUGACAUCAGAGGGAAGAAGAUCAAGAAAAAGGAGAGGGAAAGCAAACUGGAUUCAUUUCUAGCCAGUGCCGAUGACUCAAAAAAUUGGCGCAAAAUCUAUGAUGAGUACAAUGAUGAGGAAGUUGACCUUACAAAACAUGAGACUAAACUUAUACGGAGAUUGCUGAGUGGACAAGCACCGCAUGCUGACUUUGAUCCUUAUGCGCCUUAUGUUGAUUGGUUUACCUGGGAAGAUGCUAAACACCCACUUUCUAAUGCCCCAGAACCAAAGAGGCGAUUCAUUCCAUCAAAGUGGGAGAGUAAAAAGGUGGUUGAGUAUGUGAGGGCUAUUCGGAAGGGAUUAAUAAAAUUUGACAAACCAAAAGAAGAAUCACAGUUCUAUCUUUUGUGGGGAGAUGAUUCUGGCUCAUCUGAAAAGACUAGUCAUGGAUUGGCUUAUAUUCCUGCACCAAAGCCGAAAUUGCCAGGGCAUGAGGAAUCUUAUAAUCCUUCUCUAGAAUAUAUUCCAACCCAAGAAGAGAUAAAUUCUUAUCAGCUUAUGUUCGAGGAGGACCAACCUAAAUAUAUUCCUAAAAGGUUUACAUCUUUGAGAAGUGUUCCAGCCUAUGAGAAAGCUGUUAAAGAAUCCUUUGACCGUUGUUUGGACCUAUAUUUGUGUCCUAGAGCUCGGAAAAAACGUAUUAAUAUCGAUCCUGAAUCUCUAAAGCCAAAGCUACCAAGUCGUAAAGAUCUUAAGCCCUAUCCAAGAACAUGUUAUCUGGAAUAUAGAGGCCACAAGGGUGCCGUUAUGUCAAUUUCUACGGAGGUUUCUGGGCAGUGGAUUGCUUCAGGUUCGACUGAUGGAACAGUGCGUGUAUGGGAGGUUGAAACAGGAAGAUGUCUUAGAAUAUGGGAACUUGGUGAAGCUGUCCAGCAUGUGGCAUGGAAUCCUUUGCCCGAGCUUCCAAUAUUAGCAGUCUCUGUGGGACAAGAUGUAUUCCUUUUAAACCCUGGAUUUGGGGAUGACGAAGUCCAGAGAAGGGUUAAAGAAGUACUGCAUGUUGAAACACCUACAGCACCAGAUCCCUCUGGUAAUAAUACUUCAUCCACUGUGACCUGGGCUCAAGACAAUAACCACAAGGGAGUUCGAUUAAAGCAUUUUAAGACUGUGUCUUCAGUAGAAUGGCAUCGGAAAGGAGACUACUUCUCUACAGUUAUGCCUUCUGGUGAAUCGAGAGCAAUAUUGAUACACCUACUAUCAAAGAAACAAACGCAAAGAAUUCCUUUCAAGUUGCAUGGGCUUCCAGUUUCAUCUUCCUUCCAUCCAACCCGUUCUGUCUUCUUUGUUUCAACAAAAAAGAAUGUUCGCGUUUAUGAUCUAUUGAAGCAAAAGCCCAUUAAGAAGCUUGAAACUGGACUCCGUGAAGUCUCUUGCAUUGCCGUUCAUCCUGGUGGUGAUAAUGUCAUUGUGGGGAGUAGAGAAGGAAAAUUGUGUUGGUUUGAUAUGGACCUCUCAUCCCAACCUUACAGAAUUCUAAAGUGUCAUCCAAAAGAUAUUACCAAUGUGGCCUUUCAUCGUUCCUAUCCCCUAUUUGCGUCAUGCUCUGAUGAUUGCACGGCAUAUGUUUUUCACGGCAUGGUUUACUCAGAUCUAAAUCAGAACCCUCUUAUUGUUCCAUUGGAAAUUCUCCGAGGGCAUGAAAGUGAAAAUAGAAGAGGGGUAAUGGACUGUAAGUUCCAUCCUAGACAACCGUGGUUAUUCACUGCUGGUGCUGAUUCGGUGAUCAAACUUUACUGCCAUUAAGCGACGCGUGGGCCGGCCUGUUUUGGGUGUUUGUGGAAUUUGGCUCGGCUAAAAAUGGUGGCGGGUCGAUCUCAUUGAAGAUUGAGGCCAGCUCAAAUAUGUAUCAGAUAUCUCCAUUUAUUUAGUUGUGGGUAAACUUGUGAAAGUCGUAUCCCUAUCAAAAUUUUGCCGUCUUUACCUCAUAAUGAGGACGCAUGUUAUAUGAUCAAUUCAACGCAUUCCUUCUCAA